CACAGCUUUCCUAGUUGUAGUUUGAUGUAUCCAGGUUUGCAGUAGAACGACUCUGCUUGAGCAAAAACAAAAGCCUGCGUUCGUCCUUCAAUUAUAUACACCUUGCUGUGCGACGGAUGAAAUAUAUAGCGGUUUUAGCUGAAAGGAGUCGGCGCUAGAGUUUCGAACUCCGCGGACUGCCCUAGGCUUGAACGCCAUCUGCGACAGCGCGACGCUCUUUCGCAGCCGCGAUGCUUCCACGGCGAGAGGUCUGGGAGUAUGGUGGCCUGCCGAUUCAGGCACUGUGCCCACAGCUUGAUAACGUUCAGACGCUUCUAUCGUUUCAUGGGAAACUGUUUGCGCGGAGCAAGCCGGGGCCAAACGGGCAACGCCUGGUCUCCUCUGCUGACGUGGCCGCAGUGUUGGAGCUGACCGCGACCCAGGUGGAGGUGCUGACCGAGGUGCUGGCGGCGCUAUCCUUCGCACACGCCGCCCCUUCCGCCACCCCCUCCGACGCGGCGUCAGCCGCGUCAGCGGCAGCUUCCGCGCAGCCCCCCGCCGCCACGUUGGGCAGCGAGGAAGUGGUGCUACAAGAGCUGUCGCUGUUCCUGUUGGCGCAGCUGUUCAGCAAGGAGGCGCAGCGGGCGGAUGCGGUGGAGUACUGGCCGUCAGCGGACGCGGCCGGCGGCUUCGGCGGCGGCUUUGGCGGCGGCCCCGGCGGCGGCGGCGGCGGCUUCGCGGGCGACUCGCUGUUGUCGCCCACGCGGCGGUCCUCGUCUGGCCGCAGCCUCCUGCGCCAGCAGCUGCAGGGCCAUUUGCGCACACAGGUGAUGGCGGUGCGCGGCUUCGGCGACUACCUCCGCCGCAACCUGCGCCCCGCGCUGGAGGUGGCGCUGGAGGCCUGGCCGCCCGCAGCCGGCGGCGCCACGGCCGUGUCGGCGCGCGAGCUGGACCGCCUGGCCUUCAUCAUCGGGGCGGGCGGCAGCGGCGGAGGCGUGGGCGCGGGCAGCCGCGCGGCGGCGGCAGCGGACCCGGAGCCGCUGAGCUCGGCUGUGGGCCUGUCCCAUGCCGGCGGCCCGGGCGGCUCCUACGUGCCCCUGGGCCUGGACGCCGCCGCCGCCGCACUGCGCAGCCUGUGGGCGGAGGACGCGGCGGCGGCCAUUGAGAGCCCCCGCCUGCUGGCCUUCAGCGGGCUGGGCGGCAGCGCCAGCAGCCCCAGCCCCAAGUUCCAGCGCAGCAUGGGCAUGGUGGCGCCGGCGGGGCAGGUGGACGAGAGCGCCAUCGCGGGCGUGUACCGCGGCACGGUGGUUCGCGGCGAGUCGGACCUGCCGCACGGCGACGUGCGCGUCACGGACUGCCACGAGGCGGUCAUCUACCUGCUGGCGCCGCUGCAGGCCGCCUUCAUCAGCGCCUGCUCGGACUGCACCAUCGUGGUGGGCGCCGUGGGCCGCAUGCUGCGCGUGGAGCGCUGCGACAAGGUCACGGUCAUUGCCGCCACCAGCCGGCUGCUUGUGUCGAGCUGCCACGAGUGCGUGUUCAACGUGGGCACGCCGCGCCCGCCGUGCCUCAUUGGCGACAACCGCUUCCUCAAGCUGGGGCCCUACAACACACGGUACGAGAAGCAGGCCGCCCACGCGCGGGAGGUGGGCCUGCGCUGCGACCUGCCCAACCGCUUCGACAGCCCCGUGGUGCUGCUGGGCAAGGACCGCAGCAAGGGCCUGGCCGGCGCCACGCCCUCCAGUCCGCGCCUGGGCAGUAGCUCCUCGCCCGCCGCCGCCUCCUCCUCCGCCGCCGCCGCCGCCGCCAAGGCCAGCUACAGCCUGCAGCCGCCGGACGAGUUCCUGCCCUUCGUGGUGCCCUUCGUGGGCAGCGGCGGCGCGCUGGCAGGCGGCGCCGCGCCCCCGCUGGCCUCGCGCUGGAACCACCUGGCCGCCAGCAGCGCCCGCGGCGGGGCCUCGGCGCCGCUGUACCUGUUCCCGCUGCCGCCCGACUACGAGCGCGCGCUGCAGCGGCGGCUGGGGCUCACACACGACAUGCGGAGCAAGUUCAAGCAGGCGGGCCUGACCAAGGACAAGGAGCGCGAGCUGAAUGACGCAAUCCAGGGCUACUUCAAGGAGUGGCUGGUGGGCUCCAACCUGCUGCGCCAGAUCUACGACCUGUCCACUCUGGAGAAGGAGGAGCUGGCGGCGGCUGCGGCGGCAGGCGCCAGCGCAGCAGCAGCGGUCGGCCUGUCGCCGCCGCCGGCCCCGCCGCCGCUGGGGCUGGCGGCAGAGGCGCCCGGGCGCGGGGCCGCGUGAGGGCCUUGGGAAGGGGGGGCUAUGCAUGCUCACGGCCGGGGUUGGAAGUAAGACUGCUGUUUCCUUGGCGGUUUGGGAUGUGCGUGUGUGUGUGUGUGUGUGUGUGUGUGUGUGUGCGCAAGGAGGUUGCGCGGCGCGCAUGGUGCGCAUGGCGCGUGGUCGGGCUUGCAUGGCGGUGGGGUGGCUGUGUCGUGCUGCUGCACCCAGGCGGUGCACCAAGGCGGUUUGGUCUUGGCGUGUUGGGGCGGGAGCGGGAGCUGGGGCGGGAGCUGGGGCGGGGGAGGUGUACGGUACCGCGCAGCUGCGGUGCUGACGUACGGCAGGGGACUGGCACGGUCCGUGUCCCGCACAUGCACAGCUUGGGGGCAGGGGCGGCGUGGAGUCCCGGGGGGCAGGUGGGGGAUGGCGUCGUCAUGGCGCGCAUGGCGGGGGUCAUCAAGCAGUGUUGGAUGACAAGGCAUGAUGCAGCUAGUGGCGGCGUCAGUGCGGACCCCGUGCGCCCCUGUGCGUGCCUCACGCAUUUCGAAGCGCGCUGUGAGGCGCCCGGAGCUGCGGAGGUCGCGGAUGCGGAGGUGGAGGGCAGAGCGCGUGAGAUUUCAAUCGACUUGUGUGACUGCGCGCCUGUGGCUGCUGCUGCGGCGGCGGUGGAACGUCGAUUUCGACUGUGGCCGCUACUGCUGCUGCGGCCCUCGUGUAUCCGUGUACCCAUGUGUCGCUCGUGCACUGCCCCCCAGCAGGGGUGGCAACACGCGUCGGAGGCAUCGCCUGAGAUCGUCUCCGAUCAUGGCGGAUUUGGUGGAAACAUCUAAGCAGAUUUUAAGAUAAGAGCAAG